UUUACAAACUCAUGUCAAAUUGUCAAGGCUUGCAGCGGCAAAUUUGAAAAGUUUACCAAAUCGAAUGCCGACAUUGCCGUGUAAAUGUAAGAGUAAGACUUGUCUCAAGUUGUCUGGAUAGGCGUAAAACAUGGAUGUUAAUUAAAGAAAAUUUCUCAUUUCAAUGAAAAAUCGACUAUGGAUCAACAAGAAAAUCAAGCGAAGACGAGAUUAGCCAAAAGAGUGAAAAGGCAAACUGUGAGGUAUCGUCAUGCCAACCCUCUGUUUGAUGAGUGGCUCCGAGAAUGGCAAGACCAGGCCCGACAAGCAGACUCUAAUUUGCAGUACAUAUUUGCCAAGGCUCGGAAGUCUCUGCAGAAGUUUCCCUUGCCCGUGUAUUGCGGGGCAGACUGCAAGGUCUUGCACUAUUUUGGAGACAAGCUCUGCAAUAUGAUAGAUAAGAAAAUUGCCAGUUAUGAGCUGGAGCAUGGCACAAUUGACUGGGACAAGCACAUCACUGCUCAGAGAGGGAAAGUUAAGGUGUGCAUUGCCACUGAAUCUCCACGUGUUCCUUCAGCAUCUGCUCCUCGUCCUAAGAAAACCAAGAGAUCUGCACGCCAAGCUGCUUCAGUUCCCACAAACUCUGCAGGCUCUGAAUCAGUGGCGUUGAAGCGUCAAAAUCGUCCUAGGAAGCCAGUAACUGAGAAAGUCAGAAAAUCUAAGAAAUCAUUAACUUCCCCUUCAAUUGAGCCUGUUCCUAUGCUGCCAGUGGAUGGAAUUUCUCCAGAAGCAUGUGAUUCAGAACACGACGACCAGCUGUCUACUGACACGAUCCAGUUCACAUUGUUGCCUGGGAGCUACGACAUCGUCUUGUGCGUCGACUGCGCUGAAACUACAAGCAAGAGUAGCAAAGCUGGCAUCGUGAAGGAGCUCACUCAGCACGGGGUGCUGUAUGACGUCAGAAAGCUUCACGUCGGUGACUUUGCGUGGGUCGCGCGAGAGAACACGCCGGAGGGCAAGACUGUGCGGGAGGUAAUGUUGCCGUGCAUUGUAGAGCGCAAGCGCAUGGACGAUCUCGCGAGCAGCAUCAAGGACGGCCGCUGCAGGGAACAGAAGCACCGCCUGCUGCAGUGUGGCAUCGACACGGCCAUCUACCUCGUCGAGACUGCCGGCCAACACAGAGCUGGGCUGCCUCUCUCAACGUGUCAUCAGGCCGUCGCUAACACCAACGUAGUCGAUGGACUCCUCGUGAAAUGGACGGCAGAUUAUAAGGAAAGCGCCGGAUACCUCACACUACUGACCAGAAUACUGCAGUCAACUUAUCAGGGUCUGUCUGUGCGUGCGCUGAAAGGCGGUAAGCUGCCGACACCGUGUCCAGUCGGCUGCUGCGACCUGCUGGAGUUCUCCACGUUCAACAAGGGCCUCGUGAAGAACAGGCAACUGGUCGUGCGCGAGAUGCUGGCCAAGCAUCUCUUGCAGGUGGCUGGUCUCAGCGUUCAGAAAGUCACCGCUAUCGUCAACGAGGCACCGACCCUGCAAGCUCUGCUGUCGCUGCUCAGCUCAGAGGAAGGCAUCGAGAAACUCGGCGCCCUGAAGGCGACACGCAGCGGCCGACCUCUGGGGGCGGCGGUAGCGGCUACUCUGCGCAGCCUCUACUUCGACACCUGCCUGCGUUGAUUGUUGUCUCGUGUUGUCUGAUGUCACCACUCAAAACAACUGAUGUCUGUAAACGUGGUUAACAACAGCUAAUGUCUUCUGUUGUCUAUGAACAUGGUUAACAACAGCUAAUGCUUUCUGUUGUCUGUAAACAUUUCUAACAGCAGCAAAUGCUUUCUCUUGUUUGUAAACAUGGCCAACAACAGCAAAUGUCUUCUGUUGUCUGUAAACAUGGCUAACAACAGCUGAUGUCUUCUAUUGUCUGUAAACAUGGUUAACAACAGCUAAUGCUUUCUGUUGUCUGUAAACAUAGCUAACAACAGUCGGUGUUUAAUGUUCGUGAACUCGAACAUCUGAUUUCUUCCGACUCUUUCGUUUGAUCAUCUUCAUUUGAUCGUGCUUGGCUCAUCGCAGUCAACGAUCUUGCAUCAAAUUAUCGUAGUAUGUGGGCUUUUAUGGUGACAAAUUAAUAAAAACUUGUUUCUCAAGUUGCCCCGAAUGAAACCCCUGAUGCCUAUGUCCGUCCGAACAUAAAGGAAAACGCAACUAUGACAGUAGCGGUUUUUAUCUUAACUACACCGAUAAUUUUUGUAAUCCUUCGAGCCUCAAUGAGCACAAUUUAAACUUCUACUGUUCUUGGCCAUUUUGGCUUACAGUAAACUUUCUACAGCUUGCUUCCUCUGC